UUCCAGGCUUGCUGGCUGUCAUGCUAGCUACACAGUUUGGUCUGCCAUGCCCUCCUCUGUGGCCGUUUUUCCCUGCUUUGGCUACAGGAAGCUCGUUCCUUGGUUUCUAAGGCAACCAAGGAGGAUGACCCCCAGUGGGAGCCGGGGAAGCCUUGUGCUGCCUUUGAGCUCGUCGCUGUGCAGCAUGCAUGCUGACAUGGCUGGGAGGAGGAGCCAACUCUGCAGAGGAGCUUCUCCCGGCCCAGUGUGGGUUCUGCCGCCCCGCUUCCCCACCGUGAGACAGCACUCCAGCACUACAGCUGGUGCUCCUCUCUCCCUCUGCUGGCCACCGCGCAGCUCUGACGCACUCUGCUCCAGUAGUAACAGGAGCACAGGCGGCAAGAUGUCAUCCUCUUCCUCCUCCAGCAACGAUGGACAAGGGAAGCCUAAACCUAAAUCCCCGUUUCGCAAGAGGGGCAGCCUGCAGAGCACCACCAGCCCUGACCUGUGCAGUGCAUCAGGGCCCAAACCCCUCAAACCCCAGAGAUCCCUUCCAGGGACGCCUGUUUCUCUCACACACCAUCCAAUUGACCUGCGAACAUCUAUGGAGGAAAAGUACAAAGAGAUUGCUGAGGAGCUGUUCACACGCAGCAUGGCUGAGAGCGAGAUGCGAAGCGCUCCUUAUGAGUUCCCGGAGGACAGCCCCAUUGAACAGCUGGAAGAGCGACGGCACCGCCUAGAGAGGCAAAUCAGCCAAGACAUUAAGCUUGAGCCAGAGAUCUUGCUCCGCGCCAAACAGGACUUCAUGAAAAUCGACAGUGCGACAGACCUAGAGAUAAUGAAGGAGAAGAGUGUGGACUUCUUUGAUGGUGCCUUUAAGGAGAGGGCAUUGCCAAUGGAGAGAGAGUACCAGCGGGUCUCAAUAUCUGGAGAGGAAAAGUGUGGGGUGCCCUUCACCGACCUCGUAGAUGCUGCGAAGUGUGUGGUGAAGGCAUUAUUCAUUCGGGAGAAGUAUAUAAAUCGAUCUAUGCAGAGUUUUUGUAAGACCACAGCUCACGCCCUGCAGGAGCUUGGGAUGAAGCCGCUGGAUCUGAGAGUCUAUGAUGAUAUACCAGAGACCCCUGUAGAUGCUGAUGCCCCUGUCCACCCACCUGUUUCAGAGACACACCCCUAUGACAAUCAAGACCCCAAAAAUAUGCCGGCAGACACGGGAUAUGGUUGCCAGAUGGUGGAUGGAGUGGUCCAUGUCUACACCAAGAACAACAACAUGGACAAAGGUUCAGAACUGGACCUGCCCUACCCUGACCUGAAGGAGUAUAUUGCAGACAUGAACGUUAUGAUGGCGCUCAUUAUCAAUGGGCCAGUGAAGUCUUUCUGCUACCGCCGCCUACAAUACCUGAGCUCUAAAUUCCAGAUGCACAUCCUCCUGAAUGAGAUGAAGGAGUUGGCAGCUCAGAAGAAAGUUCCACACAGAGACUUCUACAACAUACGAAAGGUGGACACACACAUACAUGCAUCAUCCUGCAUGAAUCAGAAGCACCUGCUGCGAUUCAUCAAGAGAGCCAUGAAGAAAUACCCUGGGGAGAUCGUUCACAUUGAACGCGGCCGCGGUCAGACCCUCAAAGAUGUGUUUGAGAGCAUGAACCUCACAGCCUUUGACCUGAGCGUAGACACCCUUGACAUGCAUGCGGACCGUAACACGUUCCAUCGGUUUGACAAAUUCAACGCCAAAUACAACCCCAUUGGAGAAUCCAUCCUCAGAGAGAUCUUCAUCAAGACCGACAACUACAUUGAAGGAAAAUACUUUGCACACAUAAUCAAGGAGGUGAUGUUUGAUCUGGAGGAAAGUAAGUACCAGAACUCUGAGCUGCGUCUGUCAAUCUAUGGUCGCUCACGAGACGAAUGGGAUAAGCUGGCUCAGUGGGCCGUGAAACAUCGAGUGUACUCUGAUAAUGUGCGCUGGCUUAUCCAGGUGCCCCGUCUUUUCGAUGUGUACCACACAAAGAAGCAGCUGGCUAAUUUCCAGGAGAUGUUGGAGAAUAUCUUCAUGCCUCUGUUUGAGGCCACAAUCAACCCCCGCAGUCAUCCAGAACUGCACCUCUUCCUGGAGCAUGUGGUGGGCUUCGACAGCGUGGACGAUGAAUCUAAACCUGAGCACCACAUUUUCAAUCUCGACAGCCCGCUGCCAGCCAACUGGACAGAAGAAAACAACCCACCCUACUCCUACUACCUCUACUACACCUAUGCCAACAUGACUGUGCUCAACCACCUGCGAAGGCGGCGAGGCUUUCAUUCGUUUGUGCUGCGACCUCACUGUGGGGAGGCUGGGCCGAUCCACCACCUGGUGUCAGGUUUCAUGUUAUCAGAGAACAUCUCCCAUGGGCUGCUGCUCAGAAAGGCCCCGGUGUUGCAGUAUCUUUACUACCUGGCUCAAAUUGGCAUCGCCAUGUCACCACUAAGUAACAACAGCCUGUUCCUCAGUUACCAUCGCAACCCGCUGCCGGAGUACCUGUCCAGAGGCCUCAUGGUCUCCCUGUCCACUGAUGAUCCUCUUCAGUUCCACUUCACCAAGGAGCCUCUGAUGGAGGAGUACAGCAUUGCUACUCAGGUGUGGAAGCUAAGUUCCUGUGACAUGUGUGAGCUGGCAAGAAACAGUGUCCUCAUGAGUGGGUUUUCACACAAGGCCAAAAGCUAUUGGCUGGGUCCCAAUUAUUCCAAGGAGGGUCCCGUGAGUAAUGACAUCCGUCGUACCAACGUCCCUGAUAUCCGUGUGGCAUACCGCAGCGAGACGCUCUCUGAGGAGCUUCAACUCAUCACUCAUGCUGUGCGCACUGAAGAGCUGGACAUUAUCGAUGAGGAGGACUCUCUGUCCAUGGCCCCGCUCCCGGGACAGCGCUGAAAUCGCAAAGACCAGGACUUGUCCUGUAAAUCCCCGACCCUGUGGCCCCACCCAGCAUGACACUGAAGAGACGUGGGGUGAUAGUAACUCUGUCGUUCAUCCUAUAUACAGCAUAAACACCGCCAACCAUCACUAUAGAAGUAUGCCGCACACUGACAGCUACACACCAACAAAAAGCCAAGGACACGGUUCUGCCCAGAGCAGUCCAGCUUUGACGUUGUUUCAUUUAACCCAACAUUAUUGAUUAGUUUCCAAAUUUAUACUCAAUGUUUCUCCCAGCUCUUCUUUAUAACCGCUGUGAUGUGUUGAGUCUCAGUCAGCAUAAUGAAGAUUAGCAGAUGUGAGCAGCACCAGGGUUUUUUGUGAUUGAAAACCAGAGAAGCAAUGUUGUCUUUAUUUUUCAGUCAAUGCGUUUGACUCUCUAUCCUGUCAGGCUAAAGCUGUCAGAUCCCUGUGAUUAACUCUGUUGUCCAGUUAUAUGUUUGAAUUCACCAGAGACAUUACAUGGCAUGUACUAUCUCUGUAGUACCUGUGUACAACAAACACUUAACAACCAGCACACUGAAACUCUCAUCACAGCCAACCGGCUGUGAAUGAUGCUUAUCUUCCACUAUACAAUCCUGCUGCCUAACUUAAGUACAUCAAUCAUCUUCAAUAUACAAACUUAUGAUGAAGGAUUAUAGAUGCAGUUUUGGCGAUAGAAUACAGCGGGGACAACAAAGUCUGACAGGUUUCAUGGGAGACAUACCGUCUCAUAACAAGAGAUGAUAACUUCCUGGAGCUGGGUGUGGUUUCAGAUCAUUUAUUUGCCAAAUUGUACACACAGAAUUGUUCUUCCAUGAUUUGAAUCCGCUCAGAAAGUUAAGAUAAAAGAGAGAAACUCGCCCUCAUGAGAAGCAGACAUCCUGUGGUUGACUGAAAACAUUCCACGAAGCAAACUGUCCUUUUUUUAGCUGCAAAUGAAACAAGUUCCAGUUAGUGUUUAAAAUCACCUUGGUUUGAUGGUAUAUUUCUGUGUUAGAAGAGAUAUAUAUAUAUAUAUAUAUAUAUAGCUGAAAUGUGAAUUGUAUAGUUUAACCACAGCACAAAUACAUGUGGCUGAAUUCAGCAUUGUCCGAGGAGAACUCCCUAACCGUUACCUCACUGUAGCCAUGAAGACGUGGACCUCCUGAGGGCCCUGAUUUCACUCAUUCCUUCCCCUGCUGACAAACUAGAAGUUUUUUUUUCCCUUUGCAUGCCGUGCACUGUACAUAUGCACCAAGCCAAGAUUUCACAGUGCCUUUUCAGUUUUAGCUUUGAGCGUUGCGUAACCAGUUUUUGCCUUCACCUGCAACAUGUAUCCCAUCUCUUUUCCUCCGUCAUAUACAGUAGGCCUCCGUGCUGUUGCAAUCUCCAUGCCAAUGGAGCUGAAGCCACCUAGCUGCAUGCUUGGUGUAAAAUAGCUUUUACAGUGGCCUUCAUUUGGGGAGAGAAGUUGUUCGGUUUCUAGUUCUCUACUUACAAGUGCUUUUUUUGCAUGCCUGCAUGAACAAGGGAUGGCAGGAGAGAAUGAGUUGUUUACAGCGAGCUGUAAUGUGAAGCAUUCUUACUGAUUCAGGGCUGCCGACCAACUUUCCAGUCAUACAGUAAAUCUGUUUGAUGUGAAUAUUACAUAAACGGAUUCAAACUAUCGUUCACCAUAUAGAAAUGAGCACACCAUGCUGGGACGUGGUUAAAACUGUUGAUUGGUUCUUGUAGCAUUUAUUGUUUAACUCGCCCCAAAUCUGAUCAAAGCUGGGAUCACAUUUCAUAUUGCACCCUCAUUGUGUUACCACAUCCUGCCACUGGACACGGUCCAACUUUCCAUCAAACUGUGAUAACUCUUCUUAAACCUAGAUGCUACUGUCGAGUAAUAUUUGAUGAUGGGGAGAGUGAAUCAGAAAAUGUCAGCCUUUAUUUGAAUAAACAACUACAUUGUAUUAAAAUAUAUAUAUAUAUAUAUAUAUAUAUAUAUAUAUAUAUAUAUAUAUAUAUAUAUAUAUAUAUAUAUAUAUAUAUAUAUAUAUAUAAUGUGUGUGUGUGUGUGCUUUAUAGAUUAUUAGGAUAACAGAUGAGAAGCCAUCUUAGUUCAGCAAGAAUACAGUAGCUUGUUCAGCAGAUGCACCUGAGUUGUGCAAACACGAACAUGGUGAAAUGUGUUUGUUGGAUUUCAUGUAUAAAGUGUAUUUUUUUAAAGGCGAUAUAGAGAUAAGAAAUUUUAUAUUCACAAUAUAUUGAUUUUCAUGGUUUAACACAUUGUUGCUGUUGGUCAUUGUGAAUUGGCAUUAUGUCAUGAACAUAGUUUUUAUUGCAGUUAGCCUUUUUAAAGCUAGUGAGCUAGCGAGUGCAGGACUUUGACAUAUAAAUGAACGUCCGUUACAUCCAAGCCCUCAACAAACGGGUUCACACACUGCUGAUUAAGCCAAUAACUGCCAGAUAAAUCGCACUGUCUCGCAGUAUACCAGAUUUUUUUUAAACCUGAUGUGUGUAGCGACUCUGGCGCACUGGUAGUGAUGAGUUUUAUGCCAAUAAGCAAUGAUUGGUUUGAAAGAGCUGAAAGGGGCAGUAGCAACUCAAAAUGGCAGAGCCUAUAUGUCAUCAGCGCAUGUUGAAAGUGCUGUUUAUUUACUCUCAUUGUCAGAAGGGGGAGACAAAAGUCCCGCACCGCAGGUUUAAAUUGUUAAUUGGACAUUUUAGUGUCUGUUCCAUUUUUUCCUCAUACUUUGUUUUUUAUUCCUGAUUAUUCUUAGUUCAUUUAUUAUUGUACAUCUAUUCCGCCCAUGAUAGAUACCUCUUACUUUAAAGCUUAAAGUUAUCGCUAUAGUCAGAAACUGACCUCUAAACACACAAAUAGUAAUCCUAAAUUUUAUGUCACAUCAAUAGAGUUGGCUUUUUCUGUUUUCUUUUUGACUGAUUUCACCAACUGAUCUACACUGACUUGUUCAUAUCUGUCUGAUAGAAUCAGUCCACAGAUUGAAGCAUGAAAUAUAGUUACGUCUAAUUAUUGCAGCUUAAUUUUAUUAUUGGCCUUUCCUUGGUUCAGUGUAUAACAACCAGCUUGCUGACUACUUAGUAACAUUUUGCAAGGUAUUAUGGUAAUAAGUGUUUAAUGACAACAUCCCCUGUGCUGUGGUAUGUUGUCUCUGAGACAGAGAGUUAGAAUCUGGACUGACUUGAACCUUUUCCAUCCAUUCAGCUUAUUGUGUAUUUACGUCCACUUCAUGGUUUCAUGUUGUGUUUUACAGUCACCCCAACAUAGUGCAUCCUACCUCACAAAUACUUAUCUCUCUGACAAGUGUCGAGCUGCUGCUCUACGUCUCAGCUAAUGAUUGAUCUAAUGACUAUUUUUAUGAUCAACUGUUUGGUUUAUAAAAUACCAGAAAAUAUAUUGAUAUUUUCAAAUUCAGUCCAGGAACAGAAAAUAUUUGCGCGAAUAUGAUGGAUGACAAAGAAAAAGCAAAAAGUUCGACAAUAUUUUGGUCAGUUUUUGUUUUUGUCCAUCAACUAAUCGAUUAAUAUUGAUUAAUUCCAGUAAAUAACUGCACAUUAGAAGUGCUUCACUAGAGAUAGAACAGCUGAGGCCAUUAAAGACAUUGUGAUUAUUUGGAUGCCAACACUAAAUAAUAUUAAAUUCCUUAUAUAUACUAUAUUCACAUAUAUCUAGUUCAGUUUCUGUAGUUAAGACGCUGAAAUUGAUUUUGUUCUGUUUGCUAACUUCACAGCACAUUCAUAGUAGUAUGCUGAUAUUCAUACGCAAUAUUUUUUUGUUCAGCUGAUAUUUUUGUCAUAAGGUAUCUUUGUUUUUACACAGUCUUGUUACUUUAUUUGACAUUUGAUUUAUAUUUUAAAUUUUGCCUUAUUUUAUCUCCAUUGAUCUGUAGCCAUAUUAUUGCCUGAAGUGGAUUGCCAGUAUUUAAUGCAUUCAGAUGCUUCUGAUAUAAAGGUUCACGUGUAAUGUCUGAACAAUAAAAUAAAGCAUGUUUAUUCACUAAACCUU